AUUGUAGAGGGGGCAGGCAUUAAAAUUGGGGGAUUUGCAUAUUUUAUUUAUUUCCAAUAUUUCUAGCCUGCUUUCCCCCACCACAAUCACUAAAAGAAUCUAUCAGUCUGAAAACCAUAGAUAGCACAAACAACUUAAAAUGCCUGCUGAAGCAGAAAGCAGGUUCAACAAGGAAGGAAAUUGUCUGAUUUUCAGUCAGGAGUGAGUUCCACAGAACUGGACCCUCGCAUGACUCCUGGUGGAGACGAACCAUUCCUCUGAACCAUGGGGGACUACUAACGGAGACACCCCCCCCCCGGAAAGAUCACAGUGAUAUCUCCAGAAUAUAAGAAAUAAGGCAGUGCUUGAUUUAGGACAAUAUAGGUAGUUUCCCCCAAGCUAAGGGGGCACAAAAUUGAGAAGAUCCAUUUGGAGGUGUCCAAUUUUGGCCUCGCACAGGGUGCCAUGUUACCAAAGAUUACCAAUGUCUGCCCCUAAGUAAGGAUAUCCUGAACCCAAGUUAUUAGGGGCCUUGUCAGUUAAUACUUGGCCCAUUAAUGUAUAGGCAGCCAGUACAAGCUUUUCAGCACUGGAAUUAUGUGCUGGUGGUAGUAGUCUGUCCCCACUAACAGUCGAGCCACAGCUACAGCUUCUGGACCAGGUCCAAGGGUAGCUCCACACUGAGUGCAUUGCAGUAAUCAAGUAUUGAGGUAGAUUAUGAAGACAGAGCACAGCCAUCAUAGGUGGCAGCCACUGACAACCUUAUCCAUUAUUGUUCCUUUAACAGCUGUAUGAAAGGCAGCAAUUCAACCGGUUAGCCAUUUACUAGUAUGAAAAUACAAUGAUAGGAAGCAGUUCCUACCUGUUUGCUGCUCUGAUUGCUUUAUUUUGCUGCCUGCCAGCAGGGAGAAAUGGCAGUCUCUGUGUGAGGCCCUAUACCCUAUCAACUUUUGUCCUACUCACCAUUUUGGCCCGGCUCACCACUCCUAAUGCAAAGGGCUGUGUGUGUAAAGGCAGGCAUUAAAUGGCAGCAGAAUAGAAUGUAACAAGUACACUCUGUGACAAUUCAAGCAUAAUGUAAAUGCUCGCAAAAUGGCCUAUCAUAGCAGCAGUGAUAAUUGGUGACGACAGAAUCACCUGAGUAAAUGAGCACUUGCACAGGGACAGGAAGCCAUUGUCUCAAUUCAGACCCAAAUGAAUAGAAUUAAACUUUUUAAUUAGUUUCAGUUGAGCACUUUCAUGCUAGAGCUUUUCUCCCAAGUUCCAGAAUUGUCAUUUAAAGGUGGGUUCUGCUUUGGAGACUAAUACUUGAGUUUAUUUACAAACUGAUAGGUAAAGGCAGACCGCACAAAGAUGCCAACAAAGCAAAUGCCAAGUUUCCCUGAGGCUGGUCAUUGAAGAUGGCCAGCAAGCAAGGCUACAGUUGUCUCCCUGAUGGCUCACUGGAUGUUCCCUCUUCCAGCCCUGAAGGCACCCUGAGCCUCAGUCCUCACAGCCCUGGGCUCUGCCUGAUCUCCACUCCCACAGCAGAGACCCACUGGAUGAGCAGCGCCCCACCCCAGCCAGAGUCGCCUGGAGAAAUGAACGUAACUUUGGAGAAACUCCUGGCUCCCAUUACGGAAAAGCUCAAGUAUUUGCUGAAGAAAGCAGAGGACUUCCAGACGUACCUGCUGUACAGCAGAGACAGAAUGCAGAAGGAGCAAUUUGCCAAAGCCAUGCCCACGUUCCUGCAGAUGUGCCAGCCUUACUUCCACUACCUGGAAUCCACAGCGCGAAGCUGCACUCCUUAUUUAAGACCCCCACAGGAAGCAGUGAGGAGGCGCCUCCUGGAGAUCUCCCAGCAGUUGGCCUGCCAGCUUGAGCAACUGGUUCUGAUGUAUGCUUCUUUCAGCUUUGUCUCUUUAGAAGACACUGACCCAUUCAGUGUCUCAUGCUUCUUCUGUGGAAAGUUUUGGCUGAAUGAGUUGCGACAAGUUUCCAUCUUCCGAUAUUGCAUCCCAGCACCCUACACAGCUGCCCAUAUUCCCCGCAACCUCUAUAAGAAGAUGCGCUGGAACCUCGAUAUCUUGGAAGGCUCUGCUUGCCGGAAUCAAACACCCCGGACAGAAUACUACUUCCUGUGCUUCCGGGAUACAGGAGAUGAGACAACAGCGAAGAUGCAGAAGCUCUGGUCCAUUGGGCGCUGGGUGCCUUUGGAGCCUGACAGUGACCACAGCUCCGAUGUGCUCUCCUGGGUCUUGUGCCGCCAGCCCAUGGGGGAUUACCAGCAGCUCCUGACAAUCGGGUUUGAGGAACCCUCCCACACGCUCGCCACGGACCUCUUGGUGCAGAUGCUCAGUGCUCAGAGCGCCGGUCUGCUGAACCGCGAGUCCUCUUGCUGGGUGAGCUCAGGGGAACAGGUGCAGUGAAAAACAUACCUUCAUGGUAUGCCACCAAGGGGCAACCCACUGCCUCCUGCCACCACCAAUGUCACAUAUGUGGCAUAAGAUGCUACCCUCACAUUAGGCACUGUGAGGUCAUGCUAAAUAUUGGCAUGCAGAUAUGCCAGUUUAGGAUUUUUGUGUUGAAGUUGAAAAAUUUUGAGGUCUCCCCCCCCCUUCCUAAUGUUAAUUCUCUUGUGCUUGCACUGCUUGCAAUGAGAUGUGAGUGAUAUUUUUUGAACAAGAAUAUACUUGCCUGCUCCUCUGCUGGCUUCCUAUGCCUGGCCACUGAACAGAUACAACCCACUUUGAGAUAAGCCAUAUCACCAAAUCACAUUUGCCUUUGAAUUCCCUGUUUCCCUCUGAGCUCUAGUCACUUGUGGCUUAAGGCAGGUCAAAGUAUCUGAAAUACCUAAGCGGGAACAUCUAGAAAGCUUUUUAUUUUUAAAAUGCCUAUGUAUAGCUUUCUUAAUAAAGAAGUGGUGACUAUU